AUGGUAUCUCACUUAGUUUUGAGGUAUUUGGUGGCCAUCGUGUCCACCACCGCUGCACAUUACAGCUCGGCAUUUAAGGCAGACAUGUCUUCGUGUCCUUCUGAUAUCCCGUUAUCGUGCACAAAUUCCUCGCAAAUUCCAGAUACCUGUUGUUUUGAGUAUCCCGGGGGAGUUUUGCUGCAAACGCAAUUCUGGGACUACGAUUAUCCCACAGGCCCAGACGAUAUGUUUACUUUGCAUGGUUUGUGGCCCGACAAUUGUGACGGCACAUACAACCAAUUCUGUGACAGUUCGCUGCAGAUCUCCAAUGCCGAGGAAGUCCUGACCUCAUUUGGCGAGGAACAAUUACUAGAAAGAAUGCAUGAGGUUUGGAAGGACUACCAGGGCGACGACAAUAAUUUAUGGGUCCACGAAUUUAACAAGCACGGCACCUGUUUGAGCACUAUCAAACCCUCUUGCUACCAGAACUUCGAGACCAAUAGAGAAGUGGUUGAUUAUUUCCGGAAGUCAGUUGAGCUGUUUGAGGGCUUGCCCACCUACAGAUGGCUUGAGGCUGCUGGAAUCACGCCUUCGGACUCCCACACUUACUCCAAACAGCAGAUUGACGAGGCACUCAAGUCCAGGUUCGGCAAGGAGGUCUACUUCAAAUGUGACAGAAACCAUGCCCUAAACGAAGUGUGGUAUUUCCAUCACUUACGUGGCUCCAUCCCCCACGGCAACUACGUUCCAAUUGAUGCUCUUAUCUCCUCAAACUGCCCGGCUUUCGGCAUCAAGUUUCCUCUGAAGAAGGCCCCGUCUACAUCUACUAACACCGCCACAGGAACUGAAACCUCAGCCACGAGCACGGCCACACCGACCGGCAACGGGGGCUACCUCAAGCUCGAGAAUCAGGCUGGUUGUCUGAUCAGCAAUGGCAAAUGGUUUGCCUCGGGUACAUGCGCCACGUAUAAGCUGUCCAAGGCAAGUUUCGGUGGCUACCAGCUUACAUCGUCAAAGGGCGUCUGUGGUAUCGAUUCCGAUGGCUACUUUGCUUGUGGUCGAGGAGUCACUGCUGCGCAAUUCGACUACGACUCAUCCUCGGGAUAUGUCACCUAUGGAGGCCAAUCAGGAUGGUCUGCUGAUAGGGUGCCGUCUCGGAACGUGCAGGUCCCUAUUAUGCCUGGCUCUGGUCGAAAUGUCAACUUUAGCUUGAUUUACGAGACCAGAUAA